AUGCUGGGAUAUGCACUGCUUGAGCUGGUGACUCUGCCCCUGCUGUGGGGUCAGCCAUACCCGAUACCACCAACCUGCUAGCAAAAAGUGCUCAACAUGGGGAAAGACAUUACGCAGUGAGCAGCUGAGAUCAAGAGGGAUCACAAAACCAUAAGUCUCUGGUGCACAGCACAUCUGCCUGACCUGUACAUUGAUGUCCACAACGCGUGCAUGAUGACCGUGAUGGGUUCGUACGAGUCUUCGCUGGAGGGCAUGCGCCAGCGACGCUGCGCCUACACGAGGCACGUGCAGAGCCUGCGCGCCACCAUCAGGCAGCUGUACGUCAUCAUCUGGUAGAGAUGCCGUGGGGAGCUGGUCUUCACCUACAAUGACUGUGCUGUGCUGGAACGCAGACGCCCUGGAGGCUGAAAGGAAACAGUGGCAGACGCUUACUGAUGAUUCACGUGAUGGCUGGAUUCAUGAUGUCUUCUAAUAAAUAUAACGAAUGUCUUCAGUAAAUCGUAAUAACCUGUGAAUGCUCAUUUAAACUUUUCAUCUUUUUCAAAUAUCAAUCACUGCCUUUCACCUUCUGAGUUCUGUAUUCAAUCUACGACCACUAGAUGGCGGUUGUGUACAAGGUGAUGUCCUUAUUAAUAGAUAUGAUUA